AUGGUCGACUCUGUUUGCCGUCUAGCCGAUAAGUAUAACCUAAGUACAUGGGUGCCUCAAUUUAAAACAGAAGAAGGUAAAGACACUAAGGUAAAAUACUUCAAGUUUUUAAGUGGUGUUCCAGACUGCGCUACAACACAACAAAGGCCUAUAUUUUACUUUGGAAAAUCUGAAGAUGAACUAAAUCUAUUAUCAGAUGGUCGUCUUAGACAUCUCAUUCAUCAUGAACACACUUCUGAUAGUAUCAAAGAUGAUGUGGGAACUAAUACAUAUUCAUUACAUGCACCAAUCGUCAUACCAGUGGUUAAAGAACCAUCAUCAUACAUUCAUGAUAAGAAUAAAUACUGCAUGGAUAAGAUAUUUAUGACAAGCACAAAUUUGACAGACAUAAUUCUGUAUAUAAGCCUGUUGGGUGCCUUUUUUUGGUUAAACAGUUUCGGAUUUUAUAUCUGGAAAACAUUUAAAUCAAGGAAUGUAUUUCUGAGAGUAACUGAUGUAAGGAAAUACUGCUACUAUUCAAGUGUGGUGUGGUCUAGUGUUAUAGUAAUGGCAGCAAUGGCAAUCUGUGCUCAUUUUUUGCUGGAUACGGGUACUAACCCAUACCGAAAGAUGCGGACUCAGUUCUCUUCUUCCAUUUUAAUAGAUGAUAUGGAACAAGAAACAAUUGGUUGGCUGGUUAAAAGGAUGUUUCGAUCUUUUCUUGCAACUGUUUUUGAUAAUGACAACAUCAUGGCUGUUCCUACUUUUAUCAUGGCUAAAUUU